ACAAAAAUCAAAUCAAAAUAAAACAAAAACAAAAAACGAUUCCGGUUGCGAUUAGCCCCGCCUUCAUCUUCAUCAUUAGGAUCUUCCAAGCAUCGGAGCCUGUGAUUGGAGCUCCGAUUUCCAUAAAGCUUCAACCGUGGCUCCCUCAGGCAGCCAACAGCAACAAAAUCUCUCUCGAAGGAAACCCACUUCCGGGUCAUCAUCUUCUUCUUCUUCGAAUUCGGCUCAACAAAUUUCCCCCCCGACUCGAAUAGUUUAUCGAGAAUCGUCUUCCAAGUCCGAUCUCAAUUUGCCUUUUUGGCAAACUACCUGGUUCAUUGGCUUACUUUUACUAAUGGCAAUCUCGUUUUUCGGUCUCGCCAUUUUCCUUUUUCUUACCCUUGACUCCGAUUUCACCUCUUCCCCUGUCUCUGCCGCUUCCGAAGGCGUCCAGAUUACUUAUGGGUCAGUGAUCAAGUUGAUGCAUGAAAGAACAAAGUUUAGGCUGCAUUCGCAUGAUGUACCAUAUGGCUCUGGUAGUGGGCAGCAGUCCGUCACUGGUUUUCCCAACGUUGAUGACUCAAACAGCUAUUGGAUUGUUAGACCUGUACCAGAUACCAAUGCCCAACAAGGGGAUACAAUCAAAGGUGGUACCAUCAUCAAGCUGCAACACAUGAGGACCAGAAAAUGGUUACAUAGCCACUUGCAUGCAUCCCCCAUCUCUGGCAAUAUGGAGGUCAGUUGUUUUGGCAGCGAUGGUGAAUCUGACACCGGAGACUUUUGGAGGCUUGAAAUUGAGGGAAACGGAAAAAGCUGGAGGCAAGAUCAGCGGGUGAGGCUUCGCCAUGUAGAUACAGGUGGAUACCUCCACAGUCAUGAUAAGAAAUACACCCGCAUAGCAGGGGGCCAGCAGGAGGUUUGUGGUGUUCGGGAGAAGCGCCCUGAUAAUGUUUGGUUGGCGGCAGAGGGUGUGUACCUCCCAGUAGCUGAAAGCAAGCAUGCAUCGUCAUGAUUUUAGAGUUCUUUGACACUAAUAUGCCUUAGUUUUUCUGAAUUCUUGCGUCUGCACCUCCCUGCCCAAACCUUUUUUAACUUGCUCCGUUUACAUGUCAUUUAAAUGUCUCUUCAUUUGCUGUUUUUGUUCCAAAUGAGGUUCAGAAUUGUAGUUGUAUCAGAGGGCCCGUUUUCCUGCAAGUGUUUAAGAUUUUGAACCAAUAUAUAGAGUAAUGCACUAUUAACAAUCAUGUGGAACUCCAGGAAUUUAUCGUCCUUUCAAAUUUCCGGUGGUGUCAAGUUUGCUGUAGAUAAGAAUCAAAUCAUGAUUCUGUGCUCUUUUUGAGCUCUCUCUACCA